GCGCCAAGGCGGCUGCGAGUGGCAGGGGUGGCAAAAUGAAGUCGUUUCUGCUUGAACUAUUUUUUACUAGUCUUUGAGAGGAAAAGUAAAAUUUGUUGUUGGUUGUCGACAUAUCGUUCCUCACUUUUAUUUUGAUUUCCGCUGGUGUCUCGCUUGCUGAAGUUUUUAGCCUUCAACAUGCCGAAGAGUUGUGCAGCCGUCGGAUGUAGCAAUCGUGCCGAUCCUGGAACGGCUGUGAAGUUUUACAAGUUUCCUGUAGCGGACGAGCGGCGCAAACUAUGGGUUGCGGCUAUGAGACGAGAGAAUUGGAAGCCAACUGACAGUAGCAGGAUCUGUUCAGACCAUUUCGUAGGCGCAGAGAAGAGCAACGAUCCACUAUCUCCCGCUUACGUUCCGAAACUUUUUGAACAUGUCAGGACUCCUGUAAAGCGUAAAGCGGAGAGGGAUUUGGUGGCAUAUGAACGCCGAGCGAAGCGGAAGCUGACGUUCGAGGAGAGCAAGACGCAGACACCAGUGAAAGUGGACGCCUCCGGGAAUGACUUCACAGAGGCAAUGGCAGAUUUGCCUGGUGCCUAUGGUGCAGAGGUAGAGUCUGAUCCUGUAGCAGUCUCCAGUGUCUCAUCGCAGACUGACAUGGAUAUGGAGCACUUGACGCGGCUGGAGGAGACAAACAACUGUUUGGUCCUGGAAAGCAAACGGAUGCCACACGCUCCAGGACAAGGUGACACCUUGUCAAUCGAGUCGUUUGAGAAAGACAACGCGAAGGUGCUCUUCUACACUGGUUUGCAGUCUUUUGGGACCAUGAUGGGCAUAUUUGAACACGUGAGGAAGAGAGUUCCACAGCACCACCGCCACACGCUCUCUCUCUUCCAGCAGUUCUUGAUUGUUCUCAUGAAGCUUCGGCUGAAUUGUCGGGACCAAGACUUGGCGUACAGAUUCGGCAUUCACCAGUCGACCGUGUGCCGGAUUUUCCAGCGCUGGAUCCGGGUGAUGCAUGUGAUGCUGGGACCACUUGUCAAAUGGCCGGAAAGAGACGAACUACGCAAAACUCUGCCACUUGAAUUUCGUAAGCAUUUCCCGGGCUGUGCUGUCAUUAUUGACUGCUUUGAAGUUUUUUGUGAACGACCUUCUGAUCUGAUGGCAAGAGCUCAAACGUACUCUCACUAUAAAAGCCAUAACACUGCAAAGUUUUUGAUUGGCGUAGCGCCACAAGGUGUCAUUACAUUUAUUUCGCAUGCAUGGGGCGGGAGAGCCUCAGACAAGUUCAUCACAGAGCACUGCGGUCUGCUUAGUCACCUAAAUCCGGGUGACCAGGUGCUGGCUGACCGUGGUUUCACUGUUGAAGACAGCGUUGGCAUGUUCUGCGCAGAGUUGGUGAUGCCCCCAUUUACGAAGGGGAAGAAGCAACUCUCCAGGCUGAAAUUGGACAGUGCUCGACAAGUGUCACGCGUCCGUAUCCAUGUGGAGCGAGUGAUUGGAAUGCUUCGCCAGAAAUACACGAUCCUCUCUGGCACUUUGCCCAUUGCUUUCCUCAUGCAUGACGAUAAAGCUACAUCAUGUGCAUUCAUUGACAAGGUUGUCACCGUCUGCUGUGCUCUGUGCAACUGUUGUGAGUCCGUCGUACCUUUCGAGUAAAUUACAUCAUGCCGCUUUGUCAGCUGUAAUGAUUGCUAUAUUAUUAACCCCUUGUGCUUUUUGGACUGUCUGGAUAUACCGGCAAUUAUAUUUCUGUUUUACCUAUUCUGCAGUUGCAUGCGCAUGUGUUCACCUCAUUGACCUCGCUUGUUUCUAGUUUCUUUUGUCUGGCUAGCCAAGCUUGCUUGGUCAUGGCAACACCAACAGACUUACAAUAAUAGUAAUAAUAAUGGCUUCUAUCAUCACUCACGA